UUAUUCUAUUCAUUUUCCAGAUUUUCCAGUUCCACGGCUUUGCACUCAUACAAAUCUGGAACGACAGACAUCAGAACGUCAAAUUUCGACAUUAAAGAUAACAAAAUCAGAUUUAGAAAUAAUACGAAAUCACCUUCCGACGUCAGGGAUUCGAGAUUGCCAUUUCUCGAUGUUCCCAAGGGAGACGACUUACGCUUCCAUGAGCUGAGACUCGAUGAAGAGUACUUGUUAUUCGAAGCCUUCUCCAAGCUGAUGGCGUAUUUACAACCGUCUGGAUUUCCUUUAGAUGUGCUUCGAAAAGUUUUGAGCGGACAAAUGCCAUUACAUCUACUGGCAAUUCAGAUCCUCGAAGCUAACAUCGUCGCUAUUAUUUGGAUAUUUUUCUGGGCAAUGGCUUCACUUUGCCUUCCAUUUGGUGUUGCUGUCAGUUUAUGGUGCACUCAACAUCGCAGACUCAACGAAGAUACUUCAAUUGCUCCCCUCAACUCGGAAAAAUGGAUACGCAGAAUUCUUGGAUAUUCUCUCCAUGUCUUGCUCAUACUGAUGAUCUCACCCAUCAUACUGAUUUUAGCGGGCAACGAACAAAUUUCCAGAUCUAUAUCGAAGUCUCCGACGUCUGCAAGUAUAAUUUACGAGGACGUCAACACUUUCCUGAAAAAUACCCACAUGCAGAUUUCCUUCGUCGUUACGUCGUCUACAGAUAUCGCUUUUGAGGAAAUCGGAAAAGAUUUGGACGCUGUCCAUGAAUUACUUGGGAUACCGUACCAACAAGAAUUAGCGUCAGAUACUGGAAUUGAGAAUGAUUUUGCGAAAUUGGAGGAUCUCAAAGCUUCUACAUACAAAGUGACUUCAUUGGUCUCAGACUUAGUAAAAGAGUGUAACGCUGCCAAGAUAGCUUCCAAUGGCCUCCAAGGACAACUUCAAGAUAUUGUUCAACAGCUAACAAUCGCCAGACAGCAAUGUGCUGAGCAAGAUCGAUCCUUAUAUUAUACCAUACAGAUUUCUGGUAUUGGAGUGGAUUUCACAGUAGAAAAUUUGUUGAACGAUCCGGAAAUAAAACAGCUGCAGCUACUAUCCACAGAUGAGAAUUUCAAUAACAGUAUCGAUGGGGCUCGAGAAGCUUUCUUUGGGGUUUCACAACUCUCCUUGGAAACGGACGUAUACAUAUCAGAUAUGAAAGCGAUCCUGAACAAGAAGAGAACAGAAGUGUAUGAAUCCACUCAUUCGUUAGACGUACUGGCGAGGUCUCUGUCACAAACACUGGGGGCCAGUCAACAAAAGGCAACUGAGGCGAUCCAGAAGGUGGCUGACUGGGAUUUGUGGAGAUGGUUGGCUGUCGUAGUAAUAACGUCGAUAAUGUCGCUGAUCUGGGGCCUCCUGCUAUGUGGCGCUCCGUGCGGAUGCGGGGUCACUUCCCGGACCAUUCCGUUCCUGACCUCCGGAGUUGCCCUUUCUUGCAUUGCAUGCCUUCUUGCCUGGGGCCUCGGCUCUCUAGCUCUCCUUAUCGCCGGCCAUGGCCAGACGAUGAUAUGCGAUCCUCUAGACGACUAUCCCGGUUACGACGUAUUGGGCGAGUUUGUGGAUGCCAAGGGAAUUCUGUAUACAGAGGGAUUACUGGAGGAUUUCGUCGAUGAGAAUGAUACGAUUCGAAUCGCUGAAGUGUUGAAGCAAAGUCAGAGGAACAUGCCAGCUUAUGGAACCUUCCACCUUUACAAUAAGUUGAAUGUUGAACACAUCAUCAAUUAUAGAAAAUGGCGAGACCUCGAGGAUAUUUUCUCCAAUUUCAUUGUCGAAAAAUGUGCACUGAGUAUUCUCAGUCCAUCUUUGACAACGAGUUUACAGCGCCUGUCGACUGCUAGCGCCCUAAACCUGACGUCACAUCGGCUCCGGGCUUCCGCCCCGACGACAAAAAGAGACCUCGGCUCGUUUGCUGAUCAAUUGAACACCGUCGCCCGGCAGCUGAGCGAUCCGGCCAGCGCCCGGAAGAUGGACAACAUCGCCUUCCAUGCCAGAAAGGUCAUUAAUGGCGAGCUUCAACAGCUGAACGAGAUAAAAAACGGGAUACUGUAUAAGAUCACGACCUUAGAGCUGUUGCUGCACCCACUCAAUGUACAUGCAAAUGAGUCUUUGGAGAAUUUGAAAAGCAUCCAGUAUUCUUUGGACAAUGAUGGUUGGAAAACUGCUGAAAAGGUGCGAAAACAAUUCGUCUCUCGCAUUGAAAGUUGCUUAGAAGAACUUUACAAUUACGUGAAUGUCAAAGUCACGCAGGAAAUAGGGAAAAGUCGACCACUUUGGGAAAUGUUCCGCUCCAGUCGAUUUUACAUUUGCAAAUUAAUUGUGGAUCCAUUGCACGGAAUAUCCUUCUUCUGCUCUUUUUCUGUAUUACUACUCCUAACGAUAGCUCCUAUUGUGAUAAAAUUAGUGGAUUAUUACAAGGAAGAUUCAUUACUAUCCAGAGACUACUUGAUAGACGAUCAAGGUGUUUGGGCUUCGCCAUCAUCAGUUCCUAUUCAAGAAAUACAAAUAACACCUCCAGAAGAACCUCUCGCCAGACCAUCAGCUUCUACAUGGGUUAGUCCGCCCUCACAGAGACAACCUUCUCCUCAUCGGAUUCCGCCACCGCCAAGAGGUCGACGGAACCAUCAUGAAUCACUCAAAUUGGUGGAACCAAUUUCAUGGAAAACUGGAUCAACCACCCCGAGAAGAUGGAUUUGAUUCGAAUAGUGCUGAGACUUCGAUGGAAUAUGACUUGCCUAGUUGAAAGAUCUUAAAAAAUGCAUGUUGCAUUCAUAUUUCUAUAUUGUUCAAUGAAAAAAAUAAUUCUUGAGUAAACUUUCAGGUAGGAACCGACCCGCUUUCGUUAAGUACUUUUAUUCAUCAGUACUAUACGUACUAUUUUACAGGGUAACAUUGCAAUGAAUACAAAUAGUUGGCAUAAAAUAAGCUUGACGUAUACAUUAUCGAAUGACACCAAUCACAAAAAUUCUGGAAUCUGGAUGAACUUUGGGGUAAGACCCAUUUUCCUACCCAAAGUUAUACGGUGUGGAAAUUUUGACGCCACCUUUUCCGUACGGAAGGCACAAUCACGCGGAAUUCAAUUGACUUGAAGUGGCAUAGAUCGAUUUUUGUUAAGUUUCGUUCAAUUUUCAAUAUGGAAUGUUCCGUUAAUUAGCAGAACAAGAAAAAAUCUGAAAUUGUGGGAAUACUCGUUAGACACUAUCUAUAUCAUAUUGAUGUGCUGAAUAUGUGCCAUAAUUUCAAAAACGCCUCGAAUAUCUUCAAAAUUCUCCUGCAUUUUCAUUUAUAUCCACUAGCCGAAGAUGUUCAAGAUGUAGUCGAGACCUUAGCAUAUAGCAUAGACAAACAGUUGAGAUUACUAUAGUCGAAGUAGAAUACUUACUUGAGUCAAAAAUAUAUUUAUUUCUGGUAUUAGUUUUGUAGAUUCGUAUUCACAUAAAAUAGUAACAUUCAAUUAUGUUUUGAAUGAGAAAAAUUGACCACUACACUAGUAAUAUCUGAUCUAUUAUAAACAGGGUGAAAUUCAUUAGCUCAUUUCAAGAAGAAUAGUUCAUAUGAACAUAUAACCUUAACCUCUUAACUUUCGAGAUUUUCUGUGACGGGAAAAAAGUUUGACAUUCAAUCUCUGUUGACAGUUUAUUGAAUGUCACUCCUCAUAAAUCACUUCUCAUCCAUAGGGAAAAAGUGCUUACUCUUUUCCCGGAUAUAUACAAUACACUGUUGAUCGCUUUUGUUGGGCGAGUUCCGAAAAAUAAUCCAAUAACACCGUCUCCGGGAAAGAACAGCAAGUCCGUUUAUCCUCCAUAUUCCACUUCGCGGUGACUCAAAUACUAAACAUCCACUAAGUCCGCAAUUUUUUAAAAUCGGAUCACAGAAUUUGAGUGACAAAUAUUUGAUUACCCCAAAAGAAGGAUAAAGAUUCCUGCAUAAAGAUACCUAAAAGGCAGGUGUAAUAUUUUAAUAUAAUGUAAUAUAUUCUCGAUAUUGAUUCGUUGAGAAAAAUAUAGGAUUUUAUCACUUUUUUCUUUGUAUAAUAAAUUACUAUUUCUCUUCAUUAUUGAUUGAAGAUACUUUCACAAUCGAUCAAAUGUCAUUAUUUUGAUUGCAAUGGCACCAGACUACUAGUUCGAAAAAAGUUCGUUAUACCACAAAUGCAUGAAAACAUUCAGGAGGUAGAAUUGUUGCAAAAUAAAUGGGGAUUCAAAGAGUUUUUUUUUGGAAAACAGUGAGGGCAUCCAUUUGCCAAAAAUGCAUAUUGAUGGUUAGUAGAUAAUGUACAGUGAUGCCCAAUAAAUUGGUAACGUAAUAAUAGGAAAACGAUUUUUUUCUUGAAACUUCAACACUCUAUAGCCCAAACGAGGUUAAGAUUAUAUGUUCAUAUGAACUUUUCUCCUUAAAAUGUGCUACCAUUCCUAUAUUUUCAGCCAUCAAUUAGAUUAAACGACUCUGUAUAGUAGACAAAUUGGUGAUAUGAUAUGGAACGUAUAAUUCCGAUAUUUUUUUUGUAAUAGACAUAAUGAUGCCAUUGUAUGUUAUUAUGUUAAUAAUUGUUAGAUAUAGAGAUUCAUGUAUAGAAAUGGUUUAUAUUUCGAUUCAUUCAUAAAAUGUAUCGAACUAUUGUAGCCGUAAAAAAACGGAGCGUUUUUGCAUGCUAGCCUGGUGUCCGC